CUGCAUGCCAUGAAGUGUCUUGUGUGCUUUAUUCUUGUUUUCUCAUUAUCAGUUGCUCAAGAUUGUCCUCUACCAGCCAAUGCUGAUAUAGAGAAUGCAUUGACUAUCUUACUGCUCAAUGCUCAUGGUUUUCAGUCAUAUUCUCCUAACAUAACAGGAUCAGUUCAAUAUGUCUGUCAAGCUCAAGGGAACAUGAUUAAUACUUAUACAGAAGUUUCUCUUAUUGCUACAUACACUCCUAACCCAGGACAAGCAGAAACUACUAGGAUAUUGUCAAUGGGAUGUAGCAGUGGUACAUGGAGUGGAAUUACUCAAGAUGGACUAGAUCUUCCUCCUGCCAGUGUUGUUGGUGUUCCUCCAAGAACCAAUUGUUAUCGGUGUCGGGAAGGUUUUGGUGGUGAUACUAGAUGUAGAGAGUGUGAUAGUGCUUGUAAUUUUGGACUGAUGAGGUGUAAUGGAUCAGGUUCUGGUGAUUGUUGUUUAUCAUUUGCUGCUAAUGGUCAGUGCAGUAAUGACCUAUCCUGUACAGCAUCUGGUCCUAACUAUGUUGCUACUGAGAGUAAUAACUUCACUUGCACUUGCAAUCUAACCUGUUUUGAUGGUUAUACUGUAAAUUCCAAUUGUACUGGCUGUAACCUGGUUAGCAUAUGUGAUGCAGACAGACCAUGCAUGAAUGGAGGACAGUGUAUACAGUAUUCACCUCCUGAUAAUUAUACUUGUACCUGUACUGGUAGAUACCAGGGAGUCAACUGUACUGUUUCAGAUCUUAUCACUAAUGGUUCAUGUCCUGCCAUGGUAACAUCGAUAUUUAUACUUAAUGAUAGAACCAUCAAUGUGCCAUUGACAGAACCAGUUUGUAUUGGAUGCAGAUUUAUUGAUUUUCAAUCUGGUGAUCUUAUUUCCUUCUCUGAUGGUGUAUGGAGGAAGGGUAGUACUGUACUAAGUGAUGGCGACUUUAGUGGAAAUGUUAUAAUAUCAAGUACUUCUAAUACAUUGUUUCUUACUCUUGUACAUCCUGCUACUGUUGUUGAUGUUGGUGACACACUGACAUGCUCUUCAUCAUCAGCUGGUCAGAAUUCUAUCAUUACUAUUGGAGCUUUUAACUUUUUAAACCCAAGAGUAUCACCUAAUGACACUGUUAGUGUCAUUAAAGGAUCCAACUUAACAUUAACAUGUUCUGAUCCUGGCAACAGUGGUACACCACGUUAUGUAUGGAUUAAUGAUAGUGAUGGUAGUGAGCUUACACCUGUCACUAAUAAUCCUCCUUUGACUUUACACUUAACCAAUAUUAACAGAGCAGCUAGUGGUAAUUAUACAUGUAGAUCCACUAAUACAGACUUACCAGGAGUUAACAUGGACACUACUGUAACUCUUAAUGUUCAAUCUUGCAAUUUAUUCUGUCAUUUCGGUUAUACUGUCAAUUCCAAUUGUACUGACUGUUAUUUGGUUAGUAUCUGUGAUGCAGACAGUCCAUGUAUGAAUGGAGGACAGUGCAUACAGUAUUCACCUCCUGAUAAUUAUACUUGUAAUUGUACUGGUACAAGAUUUCAGGGAGUCAACUGUACUGAUCGUGUCACUAAUGGUUCAUGUCCUGCUAAUGCAACAUCGAUAUUAGUAUUAAAUGAUAGAACCAUCAAUGUGCCAUUGACAAAACCAGUUUGUAUUCGAUGCAGAUUUAUUAGUAAUCAAGGUGAUUUUAUUUCCUUCUCUGAUGGUGUAUGGAGGAAAGGUAGUACUGUACUAAGUGAUGGUGACUUUAGUGGAAAUGUUAUAAUAUCAAAUACUUCUAAUACAUUGUUUCUUACUCUUGUACAUCCUGCUACUGUUGUUGAUGUUGGUGAUACACUGACAUGCUCAUCAUUUUCAGCUGACCAGCAAUCUGUCAUUACUAUUGGAGCUUUUAACUUUUUAAACCCAAGAGUAUCUCCUAAUGGCACUGUUAGUGUCAUUGAAGGAUCCAACUUAACAUUAACAUGUUCUGAUCCUGGUAACAGUGGUGUACCACGUUAUGUAUGGAUUAAUGAUAGUGAUGGUAGUGAGCUUACACCUGUCACUAAUAAUCCUCCUUUGACUUUACACUUAACCAAUAUUAACGGAGCAGCUAGUGGUAAUUAUACAUGUAGAUCCACUAAUACAGACUUACCAGGAGUUAACAUGGACACCACUGUGACUCUUAAUGUUCAAUUUCCUCCAGGUAUUCUUCCCUACAUUGUGUUCAACAACAGUACAUCAACAGUUACUAACAUAACCAGGCAACACCUUUACUCUACAUGGAGAGUCAAUGCUCCAAGACCUAUUACUUUGCUAGGUUCUGCUUAUUCAUCAAUUUAUAUUUCCAUUGGUGGCACAUUUUCUAUGAGUGGUCGUUUUAACUAUUUGUAUUCAACCUUGUUUCCAAGUAGUAUACAUGGUAUAAGAGAUUCAGUUGUGUUUGCUCCUAUGUGGAACUUUUAUGACAUCAGGAGAGAAGGAAGUGUUUCAUAUCAAACCUUCAGUUCAAACAACCCAUUAGCUAAUGAUGCAUUCACUGGUGUCAACAAUUUCAUUAGAGCAAGUAAGAAUAUCACAUCAUACAAAGGAAUAUGGAUGCUAGUUAUGGAGUGGAAAGAUGUCCAUCCUUACCCUCAUGGGUCAUACUAUUAUUAUUACUAUGACCAAAUUCUUGAAAGACACAACACAUUUCAAGCUAUUCUUACAACUGAUGGUUCUGAUACUCAUAUCAUAUACACAUACAAGUGUGGUGAUAUAAUCCAGAAAUUUGCCAAAAUCCUAUGGGAACCCUGA